AUGAUCAAAUCAAACUCAGCCAACGCACAAGAAACAAAAUUUAGAAAUCCAUUCGAUUCUGAUGAUGAAGAAGUUAGCCCUCCUCCAGAUGAUAACGCACCAAAGCAGCGCAGGGAGUCUACGCUGAACCAAUCUAAGGCUGAUAUCCCUUCUGGAGAGUCUUCUCAGAGGCCAAGGCGUAAUUCCCAGCUGCGUACUUCUCAGGGCGUUCCGAUUGAAGGCGCUGAAGCAAACGCUGCGAUUGAGGAAGACCAAGGUGCUGAUCCAGAUGUUUCAGAGGUUGGUGAACCUAAAGUUACCAGCAACGGCCCCCAUCGUGGAUCUCUUGCCGGUCCAGACGUUCAAAACUCCAACGAUUGGGCAACUGGCGCGUUCAGCAGCAAAUCUCAAUCACCAGCGAAAUAA